CGUGGAAAUUGUUGUCUCUUUGGUUAACAUUGUGAAGUUGUCGGACGUGGCCGGUUUCUAUUUCUUUUGCAAAAAUGCACUCAAAAAUUCUUUCUUUCGUCCUUUUCACCUUAUCCUUGGGCUAUGUUUUGGGUGAAACAUGCUCAAAUGCUAAGGUCAAGGGAGCUACCUCUUAUUCCACAACGGAUGCCACAAUUGUAAGCCAAAUUGCAUUUGUGACUGAAUUCUCCUUGGAGUGCUCAAAUCCUGGAUCCGAGAAAAUCUCCCUAUUUGCUGAAGUCGAUGGCAAAAUUACUCCUGUUGCCAUGAUCGGGGAUACCACCUACCAGGUGAGCUGGAAUGAAGAGGUUAAUAAGGCUAGAAGUGGUGACUACAGUGUGAAGCUGUACGAUGAAGAAGGAUACGGAGCAGUACGCAAGGCUCAGAGAUCAGGUGAAGAGAACAAGGUCAAACCACUGGCAACCGUUGUUGUUCGGCAUCCAGGAACAUACACUGGACCAUGGUUCAAUUCCGAAAUCCUCGCAGCUGGUCUCAUUGCUGUUGUUGCCUACUUUGCUUUCUCAACGCGAAGCAAAAUUCUUUCCUAAAGAGACGCAACAUGAAAUUUCACAUAAAAAUAAAAACAAAUUCAAGUCAUCAACCAUGUCUCUUUGGCACUCAGACUGUUUCUGUGAAAUACAAACUAUUAUUUAACAAA